AUGUCCAUGUUGCCUAGAAUAAUUUGCCGAGUCCGGGCGAUCUACCCCUUUCAUUCUGAGGAUCCUGCUUCUCUCAAUUUCAAUAAGGGCGACUAUAUCGAUGUCCUUGCACAACUCGAUUCCGGUUGGUGGGACGGCUGGUGUGGAGGUGCACGAGGGUGGUUUCCAAGCAACUAUGUUGAAAUUGUCAAUGACGAGGAGGUCGAUGAAGAACUUGCAGCAGCAGCUAUUGAGCGAGCACAUAGCAAAGUGGUGUUGAACAAUCGUCGUGUAUCACGAGCUUCAUCUGCAGCAGCAACCAAUGUUAAAAAUGGAAAUACGCCAUCCACUCCUCGGAUAUCAACGGCAAGACGUGAGAGUGGCAAUAGCAGCAGCACCACGAACAACAACAAUAGACUUUCACGAGAAACCAAACGACGUAGUACCAGUAUACGAUCACCCACAUCACCUCUUCAUAAACAUCGACCUUAUUCAUUAUCACACUCAACAACAUCUUCCAGCCUUGGAUGGACGGCAAGCACACGCAAUAGUAGCAUGUAUUCCGAAUACAAAUUACCUGAAGGGUGGUCGGUGCAACUUGCUGAGGAUGGCACAACUCGAUAUUAUUACAAUCAUCGUACCGGCAAAAUGCAAUACGAUCAUCCAGGACAACCAUUAUCGGAUGACGACGACGACUAUGAGAGUGACAUGCAUUCUACCAAUGGAUCCGUUGACAGCUAUUCUGACGACGAAGACGACGACGACCAAUUUCAUAGCACCACAAGCAGAUUAUCCAGUCGUCUCAUGAAUCGUCUCAGCCUUGAUUCUUUACCAGCUGCUGUUGAUACACCUACAACGACACAUUCGGAUCCUGAUAAUGUCAUGUCACAAUGGGUUCAACGUCUUACACCUCAAGGACGUCCCUAUUAUUGCAAUCUCAUCACUCAAGAAACCACGUGGGAUUAUGAUGAUAUUGACAAGACAACGGGUAGAUUGCGAAAUGCACCUGAUUCUGAUUCUGAAGUGGAGGAAGCAAUGGGACAAUCAGCACGUAGAGCGUCAUUAUUACGAGAACCGGCAGAUGCAGCAAGUGGCGACGAGGAAUCUGAUAGAGAAAGUGAAGAACCUUUGACCUGGCAAGGCAUCUCCACAACAAUUGCAAUGACCAUUCAUCAUUUGAAUACUGCAGCACAGCGUGGGGAUCGUGAUGUACUUGUGGAUGAAGCAUCAGCUAUUGUUAUUUCCAUUCGUAUGAUGCUUUACGCUUCUGGAACCCUUGAUAAGGAAUCGAUUCAUAUGCAAGAUCGUGUGUUACGUGAUCCACAUCGUGCUGUCAUGGCCUCCCUUUCAAAAUUGGUGCUUUCAGUAAAAACAGCCUCUGAAGGUGGUCAUGGUGUACAUUCGGAAGUGUUGUAUCGAGUACAACGAGAUGCGGGCGAUGUAUUAGCAGCUGUACGAGGUUUUGUUACCGUUUGCCAAGAAAAGCAUAUUCAAGUGGAACAAGUGAAACCACAGCUUCUAUUCGACUCGAUUGAACCAUUACAACAACCACAACAACAGCCGCCACAAAGCGACACAGAGCUAUCGGAUGCAGAAAAACGAGCGAGUCGUCGCAUUAGCAUGAAUGGACAAACCUUUACGCAAAAGGCGAAAUACCCGCUCAAUCAGGAUUUGCUUGUCAGCUUGCAAACACACGCUAACCAGAUCUAUGGCUCCACGGAUGCUUUGCGCAAGACGAAUGAUUUCAUUCUUGAAAACGGCGUUGGUGCAGCUGAUGAAUGUAAACCACGUUCCAAUAUCGUUGCUUUGUUUCGAGGAUUAUCGAUUCAAAUUGGUCAAUACCUCAGCAUCUUGGAAGACAUUGAUUUGCUCAACAUGGAUACCAGCAUGAUCCCAUCCUUGGCAGGAUACCGAAGCAACAAACAACAUCUCUACAAUGCCGUGGGUAUGCUAUUCUCGGCUGUGCAAACCGUGAGUGGUGAUGGUGUGGAUAUCGCCAAAUGUACAUCAGCCCUGGAAAGUGCAUUACAAUUUGUGGAGGUCACAUUGGCGGACAUUUACCUAAAUGUGCAAGCCAUGGUGGAACAACGUCGACAAUGGUAUCGUAAACAAGGUGCUCGUGAUUCCAUGUUAUCCCCUGUAUCAGUGCCUGUUGUGGAUGAAUCAGAAGAUGAGGAGGAAAUUGGCAAAGCACCAAGCGACGCAGCACGUAAACUCAUGUUGCAGCAACAACAACAACAGCAAGCACGUGUACCUGAAGACCGUUCAGGUGGAUCCUAUUUGGGUUAUGAUUAUUCCUCAGAUGAGAUCGUGUUUGGAUCGGAUGGCAAUGUCAAGGGUGGUACGUUGCGCGCGCUUGUGGAGAGAUUAACGCUACACGACACUUUUGAUACCAGCUUCAUUGCAACCUUCUUAUUGACAUAUCGGUCAUUUUGUACUACUGAGGAACUUAUGACCUUGCUUGAAGAGCGCUACAACUUACGCCCAACUGAAGAUUUGACCCCUUGGGAGCUUGAAGAGUGGACCGAGCGUAAGCAAAAGUUGGUACGGUUGCGUGUAUUCAAUGUCAUGAAGACAUGGUUGGAGAAUUAUUAUAUCGACGAAGAUGAGUUUAUUCUCGGCAGACUCGAGUUCUUUACAAACACAGUUAUUCGUGAUGCAUCGACUUUCUCAGCGGAUCAACUCAAUCGAUUCAUUCGAAUGCGCAAAGAAGCCGAUCAAAGCGGUGGAUUGAAAAAGUUGGUUCCUAACAACUGGAUGGGGCCAUUGCCGAUUCUACCCAAGGACAUUACACGCCUCACGCUAUUGGAUAUUGAUCCCACGGAGCUUUCUCGGCAAUUGACAACAAUGGAUUACAAGCUGUACAGCAGCAUCCGACCUAUUGAAUGCCUCAACAAGGCUUGGUCUCAAGAAGAUGUUGACAACAAUCUCGCCUUCAACGUCAAAAAGUCCAUUGAUUACUGUAAUCGAUUGACUUGUUGGGUCACCGAUAGUAUCCUUGCAAACGAAGAAGCUAAAAAGCGAGUUGUAUACAUCAAAUACUGGGCACAAGUGGCAACGAAAUGCCGAUCAUUCAACAAUUACAAUACAUGCAUGGCUAUCAUCUCUGCAUUCGACAAUAGUGCAAUUGGUCGGUUAAAAAAGACUUGGGAGCUUGUGGGCAAUCGUACAAAUCAAGCAUUGGGCAACAUUCGGAAGCUUAUGGGAGCCAAUCGCAAUUUUCAAGAAUACCGUGAGAUGAUUCAUUCCGUCAAUCCACCAUGCAUCCCCUUUCUUGGAAUAUACCUGCAGGAUCUCACUUUCAUUGAAGAUGGCAAUGCUGACUAUAUCCAGAAAUCAACACGGCUGAUCAAUUUUGCCAAGCGACAAAAGACUGCCGAAGUCAUCCGAGAGAUUAACCAAUUUCAAUCACUGCCGUACAUCUUUCAAGAGAUCCCUGAGCUCCGAGCCUUCAUCAAGAAUAGUUUAGAAAGCAGUCGAGACGUCGAUACUUUAUACGAGCGUAGUAUUCAACUUGAACCUCGCGAGACAACCACCAGCACACCAGUAGCAUAA